AUGGACUCCCCACUUUCUCAUGUCUUGUUCUUCGCUUUGUUCCUCUUCUUUCUCUCUUCUUCUCCUGUGCCCGCAAAUGCAAGAACGUCUCCAUUAGUUAGAAGUGUUUGCAAGCAAACCAGUGACUCUUUCCAUCAAAACUACACCGAAUGCGUAAAAACUAUUGGGUCAGAUGCUCGAAUUCAAUCGUCAACAUCCAAUAUCAAAGAUCUUACUAUAAAUGUUCUUGAGAUAGCUGCAGAAACUGCUACAGAUACCCAAGAGUUGUUUAAUAGUUAUCUACGCAUGACUGAGAGUAGCACCAAAGCUAUUCAACAGUGUGCACAAUCAUACGGAUCAGUGGCAUCCGCUUUCCGAGGAACAUUAGAGGAAGUUAAGGAGGACCAUGAUAUGGUCAAGUAUACGGUGGCACCGAUCGCUGAUGGCAUCGCGGUUUGCGAAAAAGCGUUGAGUUCUGAUGGAGUUGAGCUUCCUCAUACAAUAUCUAGCAGAGUCAAUUUGGUGAGCCUGUAUAAGGACAUUGGAUUCACCCUCACUUCCCAGUUAGCAAGCAUCGGGCUUAAGGGUCAAAAGCAUUGA